AUGAGCCUACCUCCAUCACCAAGUCCAGAAGGAACUCAAGAAGAAGGGAAUUAUCAUAAUUCUAGUACUAUAAGUCAUUCGUCGGCCAAGAUAAUGCUACCAAAAUUGAGUUUAAAGAAGUUUAAGGGAGAUAUUAAGGAGUGGACUCCAUUUUGGGACAGUUGUACUUCAGCUAUUCAUGACAAUCCUGACGUAAGUGAUAUUGAUAAAUUUAACUAUUUGAACUCCCUACUUGAAUCAAAGGCAGCAGAAGCAAUUGCUGGGUUAAAGAUUACAUCAGCAAACUAUCAGGAAGCAGUUGACGUGUUAAAUCAGAGAUUUGGCGACAAGAAAAUACUUCUUCAACUACCUGCAGUAACAAGCCUUCAUGAUGUUCAGAGUAUUAGACAGCUUUACAACAAGGUUGAAUCGCAUAUCAGAGGUCUCAAGUCUUUGGGAGUAGAGACUGCGACAUAUGGUAAUCUAAUGAUCUCAAUAUUGAUGCAAAGGCUGCCACCGGGUUUACGCAUUAUUGUAACAAAGAAGAUGCAUGAGGAUGAAUGGUCUUUGGAUAAACUUAUGACAAUCUUUCGACAGUAAUUAGAGGCUAGAGAAAGAGCAAAUCUGCAUUGUUUACCUUCGUCAAAGUCCAGUUAUCAACGAAAUAAACCGAGAACAGCUGCUGCUCUUUUCGCGGGACUGCAUGACACUACCUGUUCUUAUUGUCAAGGAAAGCACUUAUCUGCAAACUGCAAGACAGUGACCAAUGUGGUUGCAAGGAGAGAUAUUCUGAAACGAAGUGGACGGUGUUUUGUAUGUUUAAGGAAAAACCAUAUUGGUAGGGAAUGCCAACCGAACAUCAAAUGUUUUAAAUGUGGUAGACGACAUCAUGGAAGUCUGUGCAUGGGCGGCCAACCCCGACAACAACACCGUAAUUCUGACCCACCAACCAACCAGCAAGAGCCUCGGCAUCCACGUCAGCCCGCAACAGAGACUGAGAAAAGGGACGAAACCGGAAUUGGUAGCAAGAACUUACCAGCACAACCGAACAGAGAAAGAGAUCAACAACAACAACAGCAACAAGCUACUACAAGUCAAACCAUGUAUGUUGGCACAAGAACAUCUAUCUUGUUGCAGACAGCGAAGGUCAACAUAUACAAGCCCGGAAUGCAGGAAAACAGAAUAAAUGCUCGACUUAUACUGGAUAGUGGGAGCCAACGUUCUUUCGUGACAACCAGAGUGAAGAAUCAAUUAAACCUUGAUGCAGAAGGGACAGAAAACCUCAUGAUUAAGACAUUCGGAGGCGAAGCAGAGGAAUUACAAACAUGUGAAUUUCUGCACUUCAACAUUGAGACAGAAUCUACUUAUCCCGAUCUUUCACUUACAGCAUUUGCAGUACCCACAAUUUGUCAACCCCUCAGACACCAAACAACCCAAGCGGCACAGGAUAUUUAACAUCAUCUCGAAGGUCUUAAUCUUGCAGAUCUUAAUACUGGCGAAGAAGAGUUAGAAGUUGAUAUUUUGGUGGGAUCUGAUCGAUAUUGGAAUUUAAUAACUGGAGCAGUUAGACGGGGAAAUUCUGGACCCAACGCAAUGGGAACAAAGGUCGGCUGGGUUCUAUCUGGUCCUGUAACAGAUCCUGUGAGUGAGAAAACCAGUGUUAACUUGGUGAACACGCAUGUUCUGAAGUUUGCAACACAACCACUGACCCCUGAUGCAACAGAUAUGACACAAGAAUUACGAAGAUUCUGGGAACUAGAAUCAUUAGGUGUUUUCCCCAAUGACGAGUCAGUCUAUGAGAAAUUCACACAAUCAAUCAAGCUGAAAGAUAAACGGUACGAAGUGGAAUUGCCAUGGAAUAAAUCUCAUCCUGUCCUUCCUGACAACCACAACUGA